ACCGCGCGAAACGAUCAGUGUCGUGUCUACGCACAUCUUCAUUCGGUCAGCGUCGCGUUCGUUUGGUUUCGGCAUUGCUCGACGUUACCUCUGAGUCGGAUCUUACUGGUUCGUCGUCACGCACCGACUAUUAUUAUUAUUGCUUUAUUUAUCUAAGCACACAGACGUUUAUGUUUCUUUUAGUCGUUUCCUGAGAACCGUUUCCAUUUAGCCGUUAUUGUCGUUACUUUCGAUUUUUCCCUCCCGCGUUCCAAGAGCGCAUUUGAAAACCAUCGUGUACACCGGUGGUCGACAAGCCAACAAAACGCACCGACCGCGGCACGACGGCUGCUAUGGUUAAAUAGUAGUAAUAAUAAUAACAAUAAUAAUAAUAAUAAUAGUAAUAAUAAUAAAAGUAUAAUUAUAAAAAAAUUCUCUACGUCGUUCUGUUCAUGGUCUUAGUCAGCCGUCUUAGGAGUAGGACGUCGGAGUGCGUACCCCACACCUGUGCCAUGUCAAUAAAUGAUAACGGAUUGAUAAAGAAAAGUCCUUAGAAACGUCAGAUAUUUUUAUGACCGUUUAUUAUUAUUAUUUCUGUUGCGGACUGCCGAGUUAUUGUCGUCGACUGCAGAACACACGUAGUGCAGGGACGUGUUUUCCGGAUCUUUGCUGGGCUCUGGACACUUGCCAUCCGUCGCCACGGUCUGCAUUUCACAUUCAACUGUUCGCGCGUACCAGGUAAAUAUCAUUGAUCAUGUCACAUCAUAGUGAUGACAAUAUGCUCAUAGCAAGUAGUGAUUCAUUUUGGGAACCUGGCAAUCACAAACGUACAACUAAAAGAAUUGAAGAUGGUUAUCGAUUAUGUAAUGACCUUAUUACGCUUAUACAAGAACGAUCAGACAUUGAAAAAGCAUAUGCUAAAAGUUUAAAAGGAUGGUCCAAAAAAUGGAAUGAUAUCAUUGAAAAAGGUCCUGAGUACGGAACAACAGAAGCAGCUUGGAAGGGUGUACUAGUUGAAGCUGAUAGACUAUGUGAUUUACAUGUGAGAGUUAAAGAUGACUUAUGUAAUGACAUCAUGCAACAAGUUAAGACGUGGCAAAAAGACAAUUAUCAUAAGACUGUUUUACACAUAAAAGAACGAAAAGAAAUGGAAGAAUCAUUUAAAAAAGCUCAAAAACCUUGGUGUAAAUUAUUAACCAAAGUGAAUAAAACAAAAAAUGAGUACCAUAUUGCAUGUAAAGCAGAAAAAUCAGCUUCGAAUCAAGAACGAAACGCUUCUGCUGAUAGUUCCUUGUCAAUGGAUCAAGUAAAAAAAAUGCAAGAUCGUGUUGCCAAAUCAAAGGAAGAAGUACAAAAAGCCAAAGAAAAAUAUGAGAUGGCUCUUCAAGAAUUAAAUUCUUAUAAUCCUAAAUACAUGGAAGAUAUGACUGUUGUAUUUGAUAGAUGUCAAGAAACAGAAGCUAGGAGAUUACAAUUUUUCAAAGAUACCUUAUUUACAAUACAUAAAUGCCUAAAUAUUUCUCAAGAUCCUGUAUUGCCCCAAAUCUAUGAAGAAUUUUAUCAUACUAUUAACAAUGCUGAUCAUGAGAAAGAUUUACGGUGGUGGUCAAAUAAUCAUGGUGUAAAUAUGGCUAUGAAUUGGCCUUUGUUUGAGGAUUAUAUAGAAGAGUUCCGUGAAAUAUCCAAAGGGAAACUCAAAGAAUCUAUACCAGCUGGAACAAUUACAUUAAUCAAUCAGCGAUCAGUUGGCGAAGAUUUGCAUGUAAAUGAUUUGCAUUUAACUAAUCCAAAAGUAAAUAGCAAAAAGCCAACUGUUGCAUUAUCACGGUCCAAUGAUAGUACAGAUGAUCAUAAACAAUCAACAGAAAAACCUAAUGGAACAAAAUCGCAUCCAAUAACCAAUGGAGCGUCCAACAGUCAAACUCCAGACUCAAACCCAUUUGAGGAGGAGGAAUGGGAUGAGGAAGAAGGAGUUGGUCCCGAUGGUGCGCUUGUGGACAAUGGCGAACCCGGUGUACCUGUAAAAGCACUCUAUGAUUACGAGGGUGCUGAAGCUGAUGAGCUCAGUUUCAAACAAGGUGAUCUUUUUGAAAAAUUAGAAGAUGAAGACGAACAAGGUUGGUGUAAGGGACGUAAAGAUGGUCGAGUUGGCUUAUAUCCUGCCAACUAUGUAGAAUCAGUAUCAUAAACAAUAAAUAAUUCUGAAUAUCAAAUAAUAUGUAUAAUAUUAAAAAAACAACAGUGACGUCAGUGGCAGUUAUUUAUCAAUAUCAAGGGGUAAUCAUCUUCUCUCCUCCUCUAUUACUCUUGUUGGAAUAGUUACGAUUUUAAUCAUUAUCACCUACAAGUAAUUUAAAAUAAAAAUUUGUUACCUAUAUAAUAUAUAAUUUCAUAAACUAUAGGUAUUAAUGUAUAGUGAUAAAACCCUAGAGAGGGAAAAACCCAUUGCUCUCCUUAGAUAACUGUCAUGGAAUGACGUACAUGCACCACUGUGUAUUGUUUGUUCCUCUGCCAAAAAAGAUGUUGUGAUCCAAUUAAUAUUUUUGGAAUAUUGGUUGUUUUAAAAUUAAAUUGUUUGUUAAUUUAUAUAUAUUUAAUGGAAGAAAACUUUUGAUGUUUCUUUUUCUUCUUUUUUUUUGUUAAAAUAAGGGAACAACUAGUAAAUAGAAACAGAUAUUUAAUAUUUUUA